CUCCGUCCCAGAUCCCUUGAGGAGCUUGCACAAGCAGUUGAAAACACGCUUUGAUCAGCAUGGUAGCAUCGAUGAUCUUGACAUGAGCAUACAACUUGGUCGUGAAGCUGUGUCUCUGUGUCCAGAGGGACAUGCUGACCGCGAUCACUACCUGGACAACUUGGCCUUUUCACUCUCGUCCCGCUUUGAUCAUCAAGGCAAAGCUAAUGACCUUGAUGAGGCCAUCUUUUGGCACGAAGAAGCGCUGUGCUUGCGCCCUGGGACUGCCCUCGUCGCCCGUUUCAACACACGCAGCGACAUUGAUGACAUCACCCGAGCUAUCAGCCUCCAUCGCGAGGCAUUAACGUUGUGCCCACCUGGGCAUCUACAUCAUGACACCACACUUAAUAACCUUGCCCUCGCACUCCAGACUAGAUAUGACAAAUCACAUGUCAGGAGGGAUCUUAAUGAGGCUAUUGACCAGUCUCGCGAAUCCCUUCGGUUAACCCGGCUUGACCAUCCAGAGCGCCACAUCACUCUUUUCAAUCUGAGCUCGGUACUCUGCUCUCGUUUCACGCAAACUCAGAAGAUUGAAGAUGUCGAGGAGGCCAUUACUCUUUGCCAACAAUCAUUGGAGGCUUUGCAUUCGCUGCACCCAGAUCGACACUACUCCUAUCUCAGGCUACAGGAAGCCUAUAUGUCUCGUUACUGCGUGCAGCACAAGCCUGGCGAUCUAGCACUUGCAGUGGAGAACUUCAGACUCGCAUCACGACAUCCCACUCAUGGCUUUCCAAACCGCAUCAUUCAGGCACAUAAGUGGGCUGUUGCAGCAGAGCAGCAUGGUGAUGGAUCCGCACUGGAGGCCUACUCGACAUUUUUUCGAGCUUCUGGAUGCUCAUUUGGCAACACGAUCGUCGGCAACUUCACGGCGGGAAAGCUGCCUGCUGCCUUUCAUUAUGCUAGAUCACUGCCUGUAGAUGCAGCCUCGGGUGCUAUACGUCGUAAUAAUCUACCACGAGCAGUUGAAUUGUGGAGCAGGGCCGUGGACAGCAGUGGUCGCUGGCAUCUCGACUCAGGACCCCAGUCGAAGAACGAAGUUCUGCAAACCGUCACCGACAGAGCUGCUGCUGAUUGGGAAGCAACAGAGUAUAGGAUACUUACCAGGCAAUGGGAAGCCGCGGUAGCUGAGAUACGCGAUCUUCCGGCGUUUCUCGCGGUUCCUGCUUCUCCACCUUCGUAUGAAGACCUCCAAGUAGCAGCGCGCCAGGGCCCCGUCAUUAUCCUCAUGCGAGCCAAUACUCGGCAGCGCCAUCAUCGUCCCGCCGUUUAGGAGACCCCCAUCAAUGUCCCCUUGCCGUCCAUCGGUUCUCGCAGAUCUGACCAAUCUCAAGGAUCGC